GCAUGUCGCUGAUCUCUCUGGGUACUCCGACUUCCUCACAGUCCAAAAACAGGACAGACAGAUUAACGGGUCAGAAAUGUAUCAGAUUUCAGCGUUUCAGAUCAAACCAGACGGUGUGAGUAACAAGGUUUGUAAUCACCCACAAUCAUAAAUCAUUGUUCAUUUGGGCCUGUGUGGUUCUGGAGGUUCUGCCCACAUUCGGGAUCUGUUCUCUGCAUUUCUUCUGUGGUUUUUCUGAGUUUUACAGAAAGAUGCUGCUGCUUCUCCAGAUCAGGAAACACAAAUGUUACUUUCUCUCUUUUUGCUGCAGGCAGCUUCACUCCUCACUGUCAGCAUCAAAACAAACCUCGUAAAACCGAAAGAGCUGAAGAACUUUGGAUUCAUGCAGAGGUUGCAGAGGCAUGUUUUAGUUUAACAAAAAAUUCUUGAUUUUAUUGAAAUGCAUGAUGUCGCCGGGCAUCUUUGGUUUCCCUUAAGAGAAUCCAUCAUGUCUUCCUCACUGAGCGAUGGGAACGUCUCCGGACCGAAACAGAGGACACAGAUAUCCUCUGGGUUGAAUCUGAAGACUUUUAAAGUUCAGACUGAACUUUAAAAUGGAUCAGAAUUGAUUUUGAAGCCAAAGCUGAGCAGAGCUUCAGGAUGAAAUCAGACAGUUUGGUGAAAGUGAAAAGGGAGCAUCAGAGGAGGAAGAACCGGCGGGCCGGCCGGGUCAGGUUGGAUCACCUCCAUGAUGUGAAACAGAAAGUGUGGAGCUGCCAAGUUUUGCUUUUCAGACUGAACAAAACUUCCAGAGGACUUUUCACCCAAAGACACAAACAUGAACUCACAGAAAAAGAAAUCACUUUAAGCUUUUCUCAUUCACUUUCCUUUGUGUAUUUUUAAAACAUGUUUUUGGAUGUUGAGUAAAUAUUAAUAUUAAUAUUAAUAUUAAUGCAGUGAUUAUGUUUUGCAUUCCUGCCCACUGUGUGGUUUAGCUGAUCAUUCACCAUCUGUUUGUUGUAUUCGUGGUAACAUCUGUGAACUUUCAGCCCUGCAUUAAACUGAUCACAGAUCAGAUAAACUGCUGGAGUGAAAACUGAGUCCAGGGUUGAUUCCGGCUGCGCAGGUCGAGAUUACAGAUUACAGAUUACAGAUUACAGAUUAAAGAUUACAGAUUACAGAUUAAAGAUUACAGAUUACAGCGGCCUGAGGCCUGGAUUACUUGUUGUUAAAGCAUCUGAAGGCUGCGGCUCCAAACUCAGCUCUGACUGUCUCCUGUCUGCAUGUUUGUGGAUCAAUCUGUCCGUCUUAAAAACUCCAUCCACUUUCCCGUCCUGAAACCGCAGCUCCCGCCGCAGAGUAACACUCCACACACACACCGAGAAAUUCUGUGACUUCUCUUUCCUUUGCGGCGCUCUGCUGCAGCUGCGGCCUCUCUCCGCUCACUCUGUGACAUAACUGGAGUUUCCCUUCUGCAAGAGCAGCCGCCACUGCAUAAAUACUAAGAGGCGUGCUGGCAGAAGUUCAUUCUAACUCAAAGACAGGCGUAAGCAGAGAGGGCUGCCGGCUCCAGCAGACUGCCAAGUGUUUCAGUCGGACACCAGAGGAUGACGGGAUACAAAAUCACAGCGGGAGACGUGGAGGCCGGGCCUCAGGACAGGAUGGAGGUCCUGGUGCAGAAGAAGUCGUCCACAGGGUGGCUGUGGAAGGUGCUGGCGGUGCUGGUCUUACUGGCGCUCUGCCUUGGAGGCGCCCGGCUGUACGUUUGGUACCAGCUCGAAAGAUCACAGUCAACAACGCAGGCAGGACACACAGCAGCACCAAUCAGAAUGGGCUCUGAUGAGGCAACAGGUGCUCACUCCACGCUGAAAGAAAUGAGCAAAAAAGCAAAAGCAGCCAUUCAUCUAGAAGGUCAUUACGAUGAAACAGGCAACGCGACGGCCGUGGAGUGGCGUGACCGCGUGGGCCAGGCCUUCUCUCAGGGCGGUUUCCGUCUCCAUGACAACCAGAUCAUCAUCCCGGAGAGCGGCCUGUACUUCGUCUACAGCCAGGUGUCCUUCCGGGUGUCCCGGUCCAGCGACCAGGAGGCCGGGGGGCGCCCGCCGUCCCUCAGCCACCGCGUCCGCAGGAUGUCUCAGGCCAUCGGAACCAAGGUGUCCCUGCUGAGCGCCGUCAGGUCGGCCUGCGAGAACGUCCAGGAGGACGGCGAGCGGUCCGGCCACGGCUGCUACAGCACCAUCUACCUGGGCGCCGUGUUCCAGCUGGACCGAGGGGACACGCUGGAGACGGAGACCAACCAGCUGAAGCAGCUGGACACGGACGACGGGAAGACCUUCUUUGGCGUGUUCGCGCUUUGAGCCGCUGCUGUGAUACUAAGAGACUGAUCCUGGACAGGAUUUAAAAAGACAAAUGCACAUUUUUACACUUUUAUUCCGCCUGAAGGUGAUGUAGAAAUGCUAACAUCUCCAUGGAGAUGGAACUAGACUUUAUGAACUGUAACAGUUUGAAACUUUAUCUGUUUUAGGCACUUUUUGACUUUAUUUAUGUUGAUCUCAGAUUGUAAGACUAGACUUCUGCUGUAGCAGAAAUGUCUCCACUAUUUACUUGUAUGUAUUUAUUUAUAUUUAUUGGUAUUUAAAUUUGUAGGAUUUUUGGUUUAAUAUUAUAUUUAAUAUGAAUAAAAUGCAUAAAAAUCAACAAAAACUGAAGUAGAUUUCUGAGGCUUGAAGCCGCGUUGGAAGUUCCAGUUUGCACACA